UUUAUUAUUGUUUUUAUGUUUGGUCUCUGUUUUCCAGAAUCUGCCAGAAAUUUUGAAUACGAUAAUCUCUAUCUGCAUUUUUUUGUCGAACUACCAAGAGGCUGGAGUGUUCCCCCUUCACAAGAACUCUCCUGGGUCACCCAAACAUGUCAGACUAAAGUUGAAGGGAAGGAGAAUGUUGCCUACUACAGUUUUCCCUUUGAUCUAGAAUUAUUCUAUCAACUAGAACAGAUGCAAUCAGAUGCUGAUGAAAAGUUGCCCAGUUUACCAAUUCUAUACAUCGAAGUACUUUCUAUGGAUUCCUGGCACCGCUAUCGUACAGAAGGUUACACGCAUUAUGUUAUACCUUCCCAAACAGGUGUCCACAAGGAAACUUUGAACUGCUGGAGACCCACAGGGGUUUCAGUUUUGGCUGAGUUGCGGAGGUUUUUCAUUGGUGGUUCUCCAGAGCUUGAGGAUCCGACAUACACUGGUGUUCCUUCAACUUUCCAGGGAAAUCAUUUGAGUAAAUUUGGAUUCCGAACAGAAACAACCGGAACCGUCAACCUCAGACUUAAUGUGAUGAUGCAGUCUAAGUAAGUUGGAUUUUACAGUU